AUUAUUAGUCCUUGUAUUCACAUUUCCUAGUAUUAAAAAUUGUUCACGGCUCUGUUAAAAUGUCAUUCUCAAAACACGUGCUUCAGCGAUUGGAUUUCUACUUAUUCAUCCAUCUGUGUGAAAUGUAAUAAUUACACGAACAUGACUUUGUUAAAACUGAGCAUUAAUCUUAUCGUUGCUAUCGCUGAGAUGAAGAUCAGCUGUUGGUCGCUUGUAGGCAGGGAGGAAGUGAUGCAGGAAAAUGCCCAUAAUGUAGCUACACUCAAUGACUAAAAGGGGGAAGCACAAAGAAAUUGGCUGCUUUAGUCCGAGGUGGUCUUUUAACUCACUUCGACGAGCGAAGAGAAACCAAAAUGGAUAUAGAAGCACACAAUGGCCGCUAGGUUUUUUACUUAUUUUUUCCAACUGGAGUAUAAUUUGAUAUUGAUAAGGAAGUUUUCUGCCUGCUAGUUGGCUAGCAAUCUGAGUUAACGCGACGAGUUUCCCUCAGUUCGUCUCUGGUCGCAGACGCUACCUUGUUCAACUUAUUAAUUAAUUUGUGUGGCAUUGCUGUAGUGAUGUACAUUAUACUCCACAUGGCAGAAAUUUCCAAAAAGCAUUGCGGAUGUCAAGGUCACAACGAUGGAGCAGAAUAGAAAGACACUUUGAUCUGUGGCCACUGCUAUCUGAGGGACUGUCUGCCUGAGGGUAUGUUGAGACGUCUCGCCAGGCCAGAGCAGAGGCGUCUAGGAGGCUCGGACGGGGACUGAAGGUGAGGGGGAAAGAGAGACGAGGGAUCAGGGAGGAAGACAUGGGCCAGUGUGUCACCAAGUGUAAGAACCCGACGUCCUCGCUCGGCAGCAAGAGUGGAGACAAGGAAAGUGGUUCCAAGUCCCACAAGAAAGGUGGCAGCACAGGAAACAUGGGGGGCCACAAAGAAGAGCCCAGUGCCCCGUGUAGCAAAGGCAACAGCGAGUUGUCGAAUGGAACCAAGGCGAUGGAAGUCACAGUGGAAACUCCUGUCAUUCCUGCAAUGAUGGGAGAGCCACGCAAAGAGGAGUGUCUGGAUGGAGAUGGGCUUUCAAUGCUGCGCAUUGAGGAGCUUUUCUGCUGCUACAAAGAUGAACAGGAAGAUGCCAUCCUGGAGGAGGGCAUGGAGAAGUUUUGCAAUGACCUGUGUGUGGACCCAGCAGAGUUUCGUGUGCUUGUUCUGGCCUGGAAGUUUCAAGCAGCCACAAUGUGCAAGUUUACAAGGAAGGAGUUUGUUGAGGGAUGUAAGGCCAUUCAAGCCGACAGCCUGGAGGGCAUCUGCUCGCGUUUCCCCUGCAUGCUUCUGGAGGCCCAGGGCGAGGAGAACUUCAAGGACUUGUACCGUUUCACCUUCCAGUUCGGCUUGGACGCUGAAGAAGGCCAACGCUCGCUGCAGCGGGACAUCGCCAUCGCCUUGUGGCGCCUUGUUUUCACACAGGACAUGCCUGCAAUCCUGGAGCGCUGGCUGGACUUCCUGGCGGAGAACCCCUCAGGUAUCCGGGGUAUCUCAAGGGACACGUGGAACAUGUUCCUCAACUUCACCCAGGCGAUCGGGCCAGACCUGAGCAACUACAGCGAGGACGAGGCCUGGCCCAGCCUCUUCGACACGUUCGUCGAGUGGGAGCUGGAGCGCAGGAAAAAAGAGGAGGAACAGGCACUGAUGGCGAAAGAGGAAGAGGGGAGGUGUACGGAGACGGAGUGUUCUCCCACCACAGACAGACUGGAAACAGAGGGAAGCCGCGGCUCACAGACGUGGGGGGGCCACUGACCAGGAAACAAGAAAUAUUUGUGAGGGAAGGAUAUGACCUAUAAGUGAACUGUACAUCUGUGAAUCAUUGGAUGAAUAUUAGUAUUACCAUUUCAGCUGUUCAUUUCUCUCUCCUUUUCUGUUGGGGUGGGAUUCGGUUUAUGCUUUGCAACCUUAUUUUUUGGUUUUUGAAAGGGCUCUCAGAACUGUUAUGUUUUAAGCACUUCUAUUUAAGUUAUUGUUUAAUUUUUUUUCUCCUCUCAUGUGUGUUUUAGUAAGUGGACAUGUGGUCCAUUUUAACCUAUACCUACCAACCAUAACCCAGCAGAGUUAGCUCAGUUAAGGCUUGGUUUCAAAACAGGCAACAGAAAGCCAUAACCUUUUCCAGUCGAUAUUAAAUAGACGGUUCAUUUUGACGUAACACUGCUGAUAUGUUUUGUACAAGGUAAUAGUUAAUAAUAUAGAAGAAGGGAAAUUUGGACAUGUCUACAAAUAAUGUCUUACUUUGAAAACAUGAGAUUUACCCUGAGGGUCGGGGUCUCUGAAAUCAUCCUGAUUGGACUAAUUUAGUUAGAAUUUUAAUGCUUUUAUCUUGCAGUGCUGUGAGGAUGAAUUGGUUGCACUUGUGUUGCCUUCACAACUGUUGGCCUCCAAUUACAUGGCAAACAGUAAUGUAUUAAAUUUUCGUCAUAAGGGCAUUUUAUCUCUGGAAAUGAUACAAAUGACAAUAAUGUUUGAAUCCUUUAUUCAUCCAGUUUAAUAACUUGGUUUCCACAUAACAUACCCCCCCUCCAUCUCCCCUUCUGUGUUGAGUGUUUUUAAGUGCUACUAGUGCAGUGAGCGGUUUAGCUUGUUUAGGCAGCCGGCUCUGCUCUCUUUUGACCUUGAACAUCUACUAUUUUGAUAUCCACCUCUUUUCAAGAAGCGGUUAAGUGUAAACAACACAAUGAUACUGGCUCUUCUCAAAGCCUCAUAGAUCUCAUUUAGGGGGUAAUUGCACCGUAUCUGCUAGGUCGUGGUCAUUUCUGGACAGAAGAUGCCUAAACCUGCGUUACAUUCAGGACAGUUACACUGGGCGUCACACAAAGCUUACAUUGUUUACCUUCAGGAGGUUGAAAGUCUACUUCACAUCCUUGAACUGCUCUACAAAACUUGUGUGUGCGCACCUCACAAAGUACUGUUGGCUGCUGCUGGUAAUGGUUGUAAUGGAUUGCACAAAAAAAACCCAAUGGCAUGCUAAGUCGCUAUACUUGCAACGCUUUGCAGAAAGAUUGAUGUCAACCACAUAAUUUCCAUUUCAAACCUUUCCAGAUUGUAGAUUGAUUAUAAGUAUAGCUUAGGGUGUUUUGGGAUGAGCGAGUGAGUGUUAACUAGACAUACUGGCUGAUGGUGAGUCUGUGAUAUGGGUCCAGUGUGGUAGAGGGUAACCUGAUAUGUUUGGUUUACAUCUACAAUGGUUUUAUUUCUGACCCCUUUGUCCUUUUUAUAUAAAAUGUAUUGAUUUAUAAUAAAUAAAAACAGUGUUGAAUUUUUGACUCUU